GAGGCUGGCUCCCGGAUGAGUAGCCCGCCAAGCCGCCAAGCGAUUGUCUGUCCGGCGGCGGCGGCGGCGGCGGUGGAGGUGUCGACGAGACUCCAGCGGACAGGAGGGUCGCUGCAAGGCUUGAUUACUUUUUCCGCCAUCUAAAUGGAAGCGGGCGGCUUCGUGUCCCGGCGCACGUCGCUGGACUCGCCGGGCGUCGACGACCGGGUUGCAGGGGUCGCGACCGGGACAGACGUUCGAUGGCUGAGCGGCAGGCUGCUGGGCACCGCGGGGGGAUUCGUCGGGGUUUUACCCGCGAGGGUGACCGGAGAACCAGACUUUUCCCCGCCGUUGCGUCGACCCUCCGCGGAGUGCUCGACCGAGGCAGACGUGGACUAUGAGGGUCUCCCCCGGGGAGCUACCACCGGCACCCACAUGCUGGCCGGAGCCGUGGCUGGAAUCAUGGAGCACUGCCUCAUGUAUCCCAUUGACUGCGUGAAGACUCGCAUGCAGAGCUUGCUGCCAGAGCCAAACGCUCGCUACCGCAACGUGACGGACGCCCUGCGGCAGAUCGUGCGCACGGAGGGCGUCUGGCGCCCUAUCCGGGGCAUCAACGUGUUGGCGGUGGGCGCCGGCCCCGCCCACGCGCUCUACUUUACCUGCUACGAGCGCAUCAAGUUCACGCUGAGCAACGCCAUCCACCCUGGCGCCAACAGCCACUUUGCCAAUGGAGUGGCGGGCUGCAUGGCCACCGUCAUCCAUGACGCCAUGAUGAACCCAGCUGAAGUGGUGAAACAGCGCAUCCAGAUGUUUGACUCGCCAUACCGCGGCGUGCUAGACUGCAUGGGCACCAUGCUGCGCAAGGAGGGUCCGGCGGCCUUCUACCGUAGCUACACCACGCAGCUGACCAUGAACGUGCCCUUUCAGGCGCUCCACUUCAUGACCUACGAGUACCUGCAGGAGGUGCUCAACCCGCACAGACACUACAACCCCACCUCGCACGUGCUAUCGGGGGCGCUGGCCGGCGGGUUGGCCGCCGCCGUCACCACGCCGCUCGACGUCUGCAAGACGCUGCUGAACACCCAGGAAGUGGCCAGCGUGCACGUCCUUCAGGCCGACGUGGGCGGCUCGCCGGCAGCCCGCCACAUCUCCGGGCUGGGCGAGGCCUUUCGGACGGUGUACCGCGUGGGCGGCGCGGCGGCCUUCUUCAAAGGCGUGCAGGCCCGCGUUAUCUACCAGAUGCCCUCCACUGCCAUCAGUUGGUCCGUCUACGAAUUCUUCAAGUACGUCAUCACCAAGCGGCAGCACGAGCGACGCCUGCGCGGCGACCCCAACAAAUGAGCCAGUCGCAAGCGCCCGGGUCGAGAAGCGCAAUCAUUUUUCAAUGAAAAUGUUCUCCUUCCUUUGACAGAGUUGGCAAGCAGAUGGCGACAAGCACGAAUUAUGUAGUGGCAGUCAAUGAGAUGCGAACAUCCUCAAAACACUAAACAUGCAAGUUGUCAACAGAAAAUAUAGAAAGAAUCAAUUCUACUCAAGACAUAAUCUAACUGCAUGACAAGUGAUGGCAAACAUGCGACUACUAGCUUGAAUUCGGCCCAUUUUAUUAGGUCACUGUUAAAGUCCAAACCACAAUAAUAGAACUAAAAAGGCCUUUUGGCCUAAAUUAAAAUUGCGUGUCCAGCAGCUAGGUGCCGAAUCAUCACCUUGAAGUGUUCAAACUAAAUUAGAUAUUUUUUUUAUUAGCAUCUCUCUCUAACCUCCAAAUAAAACUCAUCAUAAACGCACAGUUACGCUUACCUUCAGUCAGCCGCCACGCAUCCAAACGCACAAGCAUUACUAUUCCCUAUGGAAGCCAUACAAGCAGUCUCGAGAUUCAUAACUAUAAUAUAUAUUUAAAUAAGCAGCACGCUAACUUGUCUUCUCCCAGGCUGUGCUCUGGGACGAUUUUGUUGUGCUUUGGAAACCAAAGAGGAGAACCACACCAGUAAAGUGUGUGAGAGAUGUCACCCUUUAAUGGGAAGGAAAUCAAAGCGACACCUGCUCUAUUUUUGUUUGCUUGUAAAUAAAGUCGCAAAAGGCAGCUCCUCGCAGAAGCAGGGUCUUCUCUUGGUGCACCAUGACACACCAA